AAUGUCAUUUAUUGCUCGCCGUAGCAGGAGAGCGAAGCACGUUUUAUGAUUUUAAAUUUAUCAACACGGCAUGUGUUGAUUAAAUCGGCCAGCGUUAAUAAUUCGGAGCUUAUUGUUCAUUUUGAUCGCUCAUUGCGAAUUCUUAACUAUCGUUCAUACUUGACCAAAUAAGAUAUUACAUAAUGGACUCCUUUAGCGGUCAAGAAGGUUUACUGGUGGGCAUUGGGAACCCACUUCUGGAUAUAUCGGCGCUUGUUGGUGAAGAUCUCCUGCAAAAGUAUGGUCUGGAAGCUGAUGGUGCUAUCAUGGCAGAUGCAAAACACAUGCCCUUGUACCAAGAACUCAUAGAUAAGUACAAUGCGGAGUUCAUAGCUGGCGGCAGCGUCCAAAACAGUUUGCGGGUGGCCCAAUGGAUUCUAAAGAAGCCGCACGUGUGCACGUACUUUGGAUGCAUAGGAAAUGACGACUAUGGCAAGAUAUUGCAGCAAAGGGCCACCGCAGAUGGUGUCCUGUCCCGCUACCAGACGACGAGCGCAGCGCCGACGGGCACAUGCGCGGUGCUGGUGACGAGCGCCCACCGGUCGCUGUGCGCUAACCUCGCGGCCGCGCAGAACUUCACCGUCGACCAUCUCGACAGGGAGGACUGCAGGAGGAGCAUCGAAAGCGCCAAGUUAUUUUACGCCUCUGGUUUCUUCGUAGCAGUGUCCCCCGAGUCCAUCAUGCGGCUGGCGGCGCACGCGCACGCGCGCGGCCUCGUGUUCGCGAUGAACCUCAGCGCGCCCUUCGUGUCGCAGUUCUACAAGGAGCCGCUCGAGAAAUUACUGCCCUACAUUGAUGUGCUGUUCGGAAACGAAUCGGAAGCUGACGCGUUCGCGAAAGCCUUCAACAUCGACCACACAGACCUCCAACAGAUGGCGCUAGCCUUCGCCGACUUGCCCAAACUUAACCCGGCCAGAAAACGAGUGGUCGUUAUAACACAAGGCUGUCAUCCGGUGAUACUCGUUGAAAAGUCAACAGUAUCAUUGAUUUCUGUCCCCAAAUUGGCUCCGGAGAAAAUAGUUGAUACGAAUGGGGCUGGUGACGCGUUCACAGGGGGUUUCCUAAGUCAGAUGAUACUAGGAAAGUCUUAUGCCACUUGUGUGAGGUGUGGGAUAUACGCUGCAGCUCAUGUCAUACAACAUUCCGGCUGUGUCUUCAGCGGAGAAAGCAACUUUGUUGAAAGUUAAGUGAGAGUUAUUUUGAGAUGUGAUUAGUUCAUUAACAAUAUACAUUGUAGAUGGUGUAUAGAAUGUAAUAUAUUUAGUGAUAUUUUACUAUUGGUACAUUUUAUAGUAAGUGAUGGGUAUUUUAUAGUACAUUUAAAUAUAUGAAAUUCAAUCAUAGGAAAAUUUAUGAUUAUGUUAGAUCUGCGGGGCUAGAAAUAAUGUUUGCUUGAACGUAAUCGUAUCAAUAUCAUUUUAUAGGAAAAAUGUAUUGGUGUACGCUUUGUUUUGCAGAAAAUUUAAAGUCAUCCCUCCCCCCUAUUUGUUGACAUUUUUGUUUUUACAAUACAUGUACCAUCUUAGGUACUCUGGUAUAUACUUAGUUCCAUUUGUUUCUUAUGACAAAAUAUCCAUCGUAAUAUGACUCUAUUGUAAGCUGCUUACAUAGUAUUUUUAUCAUUUAUGUAGUUAAUUCCAAAGUCAGUUAACAGAACCUAUGUAGAUUUAUCGUAACAAUAAAAAAAAAAUGCAGUGUAAAAAAGCUUUAAUAUUUUGAAGAUUAGGUGUUAAUAGUAGUAGUAGGUUAAUAGUAUGAUUUUACAAUCGACCGCCUAGCUGACGUAAACCCUCCUUGGGAAUGCUAUUGUUUCCUGGCAGCUGACAGGGCUUGUGUCCCUUAGUCGCCUCAUAGGACAUCGCACCACAAUCCUCUCUCUGUUUAUUCUUAUUGUUGACUGUUAGAAAAUGCCAUUAUGGCGUCAAGUCCACAAUGUGUACAUAAUUUUAUGUAAUUUUGUGCAACAAAGUUUAACAACCAAUAAACAGAAUAACAUGAUAGAGAGGUCCUAUUCUAGGGCGGAACCACACGCCAUAGAUACAGAGGUACCUAUCACAUUUAUCACUAUUCACUUGUAUUCAUAUGUACAGUAGUAAUGUAACCUUAAUUUUCCUUGAUAUAACAAAUAAGUGAAACUAAUCAUAUCUCUGUGAAGGUAGACUGAGUUCUUCCAUUAAAGGAGCGUAAAAACGUAGCAAUAAUGUACAUAACUAGGUUAUAAUAAAGCACAAACUUUCGUAAAAAAUCAACAAUAAAUGAAGAUUUCUCAAUGUUAUGACCAACAUUUUCCAUAAUGUAAUUCCACAACAUUUUCCAUAAUGUAAUUCUACAACAUUUUCCAUAAUGUAAUUCUAUAACAUUUUCCUUUUUCAUGCCAUAAACAAAACUGAGAAUUGUUUCGCGUGAAAGUGAAAUCUGUGCAUCAGAGCUCUAAUUGGUGCUAUUUGUAUCUUAUUUGUGUAAAGAUAAAUUGCUUGCUGAUUAAAAUUAAUUUCACAGGCAGAUUUGUUCAUGUCCACAUAAAAAGUGCAUCUUGAAACCUGGCACAAGUUGAUUCAUAUUUAUUUGUCCACAAAGACAGAAAAUAGAAGACUUUGGGAUGAAUUGUGAUGAUGAAGAUUAUAAAAUUACAUUAACUCGAAUUAUUAUUAUGAUAAGUUUUAGUCGAAUAUUCCAAUGAGUUGCAUAUUUAAGUAUUAUUUAUGGAUCUGAAGUCAAUUAAUAAUGAAAAUAUAUAAAAUGAAUUAUUAAGCUUUUGAAAAUAAUAAUAAUAUUUUUUGUUAAUCAAAUUAACAGCAAUGUAAAAAUAAUGAAAUUAUUUAUGCAAAGAAUUUUUGUCGAAAUUGUGUUGAAAUCAUGUUUAUAAUAUGAUCUAAAUAAAUAUGCCAUAAAUUGCAUAAUCUAAUUAGGGGUUAAUAUUUCAAUGAAAGGAAAAGUGUAUGUAAUAUAAUAUUUUUAUUUUUUGGCAAUAUGAAUAAAGUCAUAGUGUUUAUAAAAUUAAACUUAACAUAAAAUGGACAAAAGAGAUUAUUGCUGUGAUAGCAACUGUAACAACUUUUAUAAAACAAUUAUAUAUUAUUUAAAUGCAAUAAUCUAUUUUAUCCUUUUUUUUUUUCACAUAACUUUUUAUUUUUCAUUAUCAACAAAAAAUAAAAUUAAGCACAUUUAGUCUUUCUCUGCAAAACAAAAAGUAUUUUUCUAAAUGAAAAUAUUUCUCCAAAAAAUAUUGAUUACUUUUCACAAAUUCCUAUAUACCUCAGUUACAGUUUUAGCAGACUUUUUGUAAUAUUUAUAAUUUUGACGGAUUAUAGCAACACUAUAUUGUUUAUCCACUAUGUAGGCCUAAUUUGUGUAAUAACAAAGGAAGGUAGCAACUCUGAUUGUGUGGAACUAUAUUAGGAGUUCUACAUUUUCUACUUAGUCUUAAAAUAUAUGAUCAUUCUUUGUUACUUUAUAAAAUUAAAUGCAACUAGAACCUGCUAGUUCAUUGUCAUAUUGUUUAUGUGUCAGUCAAUAUUUGUAAAUACAAUGCUAUAACGCACAAUAUGUACAUCCCAAUCUGGAGCAUUAUCAGAUUCAUUGCCAAGCAGUGGCAUGCAGCGAUAGAUUUCAAGAAUAAUAAACUCCUUAAAACGCUCCAAUAACCUUGUGAUACUACGAGUAAUUCUCAUUUCCCUAACUUUGAAAUCGUCUAUACAAACACUUCUGCAAACAACACAUCCAGCUGGGAUGACCCUUGGCAGAGGUUUAGCAAUUUUUUUUCUUCUACUCAUUAGAGCUCUGUAAGCAAAAUAGUUUAAGGUGUUAUGAUUGUACUUAUGUUUGUAAUUGUUGUGAAAUAAAGUUUUUUUUUAAUCAAA